AUGACAACAAAAUAAGAAAAUCAUGAUUAUUUAUAUAAAAGUAAAUAUUUUUUAAUAUAAUAAAGGAUUAUAUUAAUUCAAUAAAAAAUAUAAAAAGUAAUUUUAGUUGGAGACGCAAGGGUAGGAAAAACAAGUUUUUUAAUAAGAUAUGUAAAAGGAGUUUUACCAAAAAAUCAACUUCCAACAAUAGGAGUUGAAUAUUUAUCGAAAUCAGUACUUCUACAAGAUGGAGAAGGCAUAGUAAAAGCUUAAAUAUGGGAUACAUCUGGUUCAGAGAAAUAUAAAUCAAUAACAGCAGCACAUUAUCGAAAAAGUGUAGGCGCUUUAUUAUUUUUUGAUUUGUGUGAUUAUUAGUCAUUUUUGAAUUCAAAAAAAUGGUUAAAAGAAAUCGAAAAUCAUACCGAAGAAGGAAUUAAAAUAAUGCUUAUAGGAAAUAAAUUAGAUUUAAUUGAAGAAAAUCCAAUUAAUAGAUAAGUAAAUAAAGAAGAAGUACUAGAAUUUUGUUAAAAAAACAAUUUAAUUUAUUAGGAAACAAGUUCUUUAACAGGAUAGAAUGUUAAAGAAUCUUUCGAAUUUCUAAUAUAAUAAGAUAUAGUUUCUUAUGAUUAAUAACCUGUAAAAUAAAACUCUGGUUGUUGUAGUUGCUGA